AUUUGAUUUGGGGCUCCGGCGCCGGCGCCGCGCGCAGUUUAAAAUAGCGGUGCAAGCAGCGCGCGCGGCACUGACCGCCUCGACUAGUUCCAGCGCGGCCACAGUUCUGCGCGCGCCCGCAGCUCAAAGCGCGCGCCGAGACCGAUCCGCCUACAGAGCGCGGCAGGGUCAGCGCGCACGCGCAGCCAUGGACAUCCGCAACUUCUUCGCCAAGAAGCCCGCGAAGGCGCCGGCCGCCGCGCCGCCGCCCGCCACGCAGAAGCCGAAGGCGCCCGCGGCCGCGCCCAAGGUCUCGCCCGAGGCCGCCCCACCACAAAAGCCCGCGUCGCCGAACCCGUCUCCAGCGAAAGCGCCGCGCGCCGCCAAGUCGCCGCCGAAGGCCAAGAGCCCGCCGAAGGCCAAGUCGCCGGCCAAGGCCACGGCGAGCGCCCACUUCGACGAGAAGCCGAAGAAGCGCAAGGCCACCGACGUCCUCGGCUUUACGGAUGAAAAAGAAGACUCCGAUUCAGACGUCGAGAUGGGCGCUACCAUUCCACCGCCGGUAGAAGAAAAAAAACCGCCGAAGAAGAAGAAGACGGCGGGGCUCAUCGACGCCGCGGGCUUCUUUGGCGGGAAAGAAGCGGUCCCCGAGGUCGUAAAACCGGCCGUAACACAGAAGAAGGAGCAAACUUUUAAACCGUUACCGAAGAAGGCGCCCGCGGAGCCGCAGUUAGCCUUGACGGGAACGACGUUCGUGUUCACGGGUGUCCUGGCCGGCGACGACGUGACGCGAGAGCUCGCUGAAGACAUGAUUAAGGAGAGAGGCGGCAAGUGCACUGGUGCAGUUUCUGGGAGGACGAAUUAUGUGGUCUGUGGCGAGUUACUGGAAGACGGGCGACCUGUGGAAGAGGGCAGCAAGUUCCGAGCGGCCGAAGAUAAGAAAACUACUCUCAUCAGAGGAGCAAGGGCCUUCAAGCAGUUCCUGCAGGACGCCGACGCGAAGUUCAAGGACAAGGCGCCGCCCGUCAAGGCGUUACCACCUCUAGAGAGACCCAAAGCGGCCCCGGGAUUGUGGGCGGACCGCCACAAGCCGAAGCAAAAUAAGGACAUGAUGGGCAACGGCGACAUUCGUUCGAAGCUCGGGAAGUGGCUCGACCAGUGGGAACGGGUCCAUCUCGGCGACCCGAAGAAACGCAUCAAGCCCAAACAUGAACCGCAGAACCCGUCGGCUCGGGCGGCGCUCUUGUCGGGACCGCCGGGCAUCGGCAAAAGCACGAUGGCCGCGUUACUAUGUGAACAGCGAGGUUUUGAGGUUGUUGAGUAUAACGCCUCAGAUACACGUAGUAAGAAGUCGAUAGAAGGUGGGUUGGCCGACGCUCUGGGUUGUGGUUCUCUCUUCGGCAAGAAGGGCGGCCAGCGACGUAGACGGUGUGUUAUUAUGGAUGAAGUUGAUGGGCUGUCGGCGUCGGAUAGGGGUGGCUCUGCAGCAUUGAUCAAAUUGAUCAAGACCACGGCCACGCCGAUCAUCUGCAUCUGCAACGAUCGUCAAAGCCCAAAGGUGAAAUCCUUAGCGAACCAUUGUUAUGAUUUGCGGUGUAAGCGACCGAUGAAGCAGAUCGUCGCGAAAAGAUUAGUUGCUGUAGCAGCAGCCGAAGGCUUAACUCUAGAACAGAACGCCGCGGAACUGCUCGUGGACUCCUGCGGUAAUGAUAUCAGACAGUGUUUGAACGCCCUACAGAUGUGGACGCAAUCGAACGCUUCGGGCAAGGCGACCUACGGCGACAUGAAGGGCCGCAUCUCUGCUAUUUCUAAAGAUGAAAUGCAGCGCGCGUCGACCUUCGACGCGGCGAAGAUGAUUUUAAGUGACCACCAGCGCAAGUCCCACAUCGAUAGGGUCGAGGCGUUCUUCCACGACUAUACGGCCAUGCCCCUCAUGGUCCAACAGAGUUACAUCCAGGCGGCGAUGAACGCGAAGGAGGGCGGGAAACCUUUGUCUCAAUUAGGGAAGCUAGAACGCAUUUCUGAGGCAGCUGAAAGGUUAUCUGAUGUGGAUUUGAUCGACAGGCGCAUCCGCCAGGACCAGGACUGGUCCCUACUACCUUUACAAGCGUCUACUACGGUCGGUGUGGGCGCGACCGUGGGAGGCUUCUGCAUGAACCCCCAGUUCUCGCAGUGGUUCGGGAAGAACUCGACCACGCAGAAGAAUCGGCGGCAGUGCGCCGAUUUAUCGUAUAGGUUGGGGCAUCGCGUCUCUGCUGGGAGGGAAGCGGUCCGGCGCGACUAUCUAGGACCUUUGUUAAGGCACGUGUCGGCGCCUCUACUGGGAGGAGACGCGUCGGGCACGAUAGAAAGGUUAGAUGCGUACGGUCUGUCGCGGGACGACCUCAUGGAGACGCUGCCCGACCUGGAAUUACACGACAAGGACAAGCCCAAGCUGUUCGCGUCGCUCGACGCCAAGGCUAAAUCAGCCUUCACGCGCGCUUAUAACAGUGUGGGCCACUCGGCGCAGGGCCUCCAGCCGGCCUCGAUGGUCGUCAAAAAGAAGCGCAAGAAGUCUUCGACAGACAACAUGCAGGUCGACGACGACGACUACGUCUCCGAGGAGGACGAGGAGGAGGUCGACGUGUCGCAGCUCUUCGCGAAGAAGAAGCGCAAGGCGCCUUCCAAGAAGCCUGCCGCGCGCAAGAAGAAGAAGUAGGCCUCUCUCCCUCGUAACUUAUGUCUCGCUGA